ACCGAUUUAGUAUUGGACAGCGCGGCUGUUCGUUCUCCGAAUCAACACGUCAACGGGGCGACUCUUUUUUGUUAAUCCCUCUCUGCGAAACGCAUUCGCCGCGCACAAUUAAUUCAUAAUUCAACAAUUCUUGAAUCAAAGUAGAACGUCGACGGUCCCAGCAAGUGUAUCAGGUUAGUGGCAAGACAAUUGGAAAGUCGCAAGGACGGUGGGGAAGUGGAAACACAACGGGACACACAAUGAAAAUCCUGCUCGUUUUGAGCGCCCUGCUGGCGGGGAUUGCCCUUAGCCAUGGUGCCGCUGUCAUGUCCGUGGAUCUCGGCACCGAAUGGAUGAAAGUUGGCGUCGUUUCACCCGGCGUACCCAUGGAAAUAGCCCUGAAUCGUGAGUCCAAGCGCAAGACACCAGCCAUCCUGGCCUUCCGCAACGGUGUACGCACAAUUGGCGAGGAUGCCCAGACUAUUGGAAUUAAGGAACCAAAUGCCGCCUAUGGUUAUCUAUUGGAUCUCCUUGGCAAGACCAUCGAUAAUCCGAUUGUAGAUUUGUACAGAAAACGUUUCCCGUACUACAACAUUGUCGGCGAUCCGGAACGUAAUACUGUGGUCUUCCGCAAGAGCGAUACCGAGGAGUUCACCGUGGAGGAGCUGGUGGCACAGAUGCUCAUCAAGGCCAAGGAAUUCGCCCAGGAGUCUACACAACAGCCCAUUGCCGAGUGUGUCCUCACUGUGCCCGGUUACUUUGGCCAGGCCGAACGUGAGGCGCUCCUGGCCGCCGCUCAGCUGGCCAAUCUGAAGGUGCUCCAACUGAUCAACGACUAUGCCGCCGUGGCCCUCAACUAUGGCGUGUUCCAUCGCGGUGAGAUCAAUGAGACGGCUCAGUACUUCCUAUUCUACGACAUGGGCGCCUACAAGACCUCCGCCGCUGUUGUCAGCUACCAGCUGGUGAAGGAUAAACAGACCCGGGAGAUUAACCCAGUGGUGCAGGUCCUGGGUGUGGGCUACGACCGGACACUCGGUGGCCUGGAGAUCCAGCUGAGGCUGCGCGACUACCUGGCGGCCGAGUUCAAUGCCCUGAAGAAGACCAAAACCGAUGUGACCACCAAUCCCCGGGCUUUGGCGAAACUUUUCAAGGAAGCCGGUCGUCUGAAGAACGUCCUUUCGGCCAACAACGAUCAUUAUGCCCAGAUUGAGAACGUGCUGGAGGACAUUGACUUCAAGCUGCCGGUUAGCCGCGAGAAGCUGGAGGAGAUCUGCGCCGAUCUCUGGCCAAGAGCCACCAAACCCCUCGAACAGGCCCUGGCCUCAUCGCACCUCAGCUUGGACGUCAUCAGCCAGGUGAUCCUGUUCGGCGGCGGCACUCGUGUUCCCCGCGUCCAGGAGACCAUCAAGGCCCUGAUCAAGCAGGAGCUGGGCAAGAACCUGAACGCCGAUGAGUCCGCCACCAUGGGUGCUGUUUACAAGGCAGCCGAUCUCUCCACUGGAUUUAAGGUCAAGAAGUUUGUCGUUAAGGACGCGGUGCUGUACCCCCUGCAGGUGUCCUUCGAGCGUGAUCCUGGCGAUGGCGCUGCCGUCAAGCAGGUGAAGCGCGUCCUGUUCGCCCUGAUGAAUCCCUAUCCCCAGAAAAAGGUCAUCACCUUCAACAAGCACACCGACGAUUUUAAAUUCUACGUUAACUACGCCGACCUGGAUCGCUACACCCAGGACGAUGUCCAAGCCCUUGGCAGCCUGAAUGUGACCAAGGUGCAGCUGAAGCAGGUCAAGGAACUGCUAGAGAAAUCCAAGAAUAAUUUGGUGGACAACAAGGGCAUCAAGGCCUACUUCUACUUGGACGAUUCGGGUAUCUUCCACUGCACCAACGUGGAGUAUGUGUUCGACAAGCAGAAGCCCGAGGAGGAUGCCGACGAUGACAGUACUCUAGCGAAGCUGGGCAGCACUCUGAGCAAGCUCUUCGCCAAGGACGGCGAGGAGAAGACCACCAAGGACGAGGAACAACAGACCGCCGAGGAGUCAGCCUCGACUGGCGAAGAACCACCCAAGGCUGAUGCCGAUGCCGAGUCUGAAAAGUCCAAGGAGGAAGAGGAGGCCGCCAACAAGGAGCCCAAGGCCGAUGGUGACAAGCCAGAGGCCGCCGAGAACAAGGACACGGAGAAGAACGAAACCAUCAAGCUGGUGACCGUCAAGUCCCCCGUCACCUACGAUCCCACGGUGCUGUACACGCCUCCUCUUUCCGGCUCCGCCUACGAGACAUCCUUGGCCAAACUGAAUGCCAUUAACAAGGCCGAGGAGGAGCGCGUCCGUCUGGAGUCUGCCUUCAAUUCCCUCGAGUCGCACAUCAUCGAGGUGCAACAGAAACUGGACGAGGACUCGUACGGCAGCUGUGCCACCGCCGAGGAGAAGGAGAAACUCCUGGCCGAGUGCAGUACUCUGAGCGAAUGGCUAUACGAGGAUCUGGAGAAUCCCAAGGCUGAGAUCUAUGAGGACAAGCUGGCCCAGCUGAAGAAGCUCUCAAACGUCUUCCUGGCCCGUCACUGGGAGCACGAGGAGCGUCCGGAGGCCAUCAAGGCUCUCAAGGGCAUGAUUGAGGCGGCCGAGAAGUUCCUUGUCAGCGGACGCAACCUUACCAAGGACACCAAUCCCGAGAAGGACGUGUACACCCAAGUGGAGAUCGACACCCUGGCCAAGGUGAUCGACGAGACAACCACCUGGCUGAAGACCGAAUCGGCCGCCCAAAAGAAACUGGCCCGCAACGCCGACAUUCGUAUGGCCGUCAAGGACAUCACCGACAAGAUGGGUGUGCUGGAUCGCGAGGUCAAGUACCUGGUGAACAAGAUCAAGCUCUGGAAGCCAAAGACCAAGCCGGCCGCCGACAAGGACAAGAAGAAGGACGCUGGCAAGGAGGAGCAGGGUUCGGGCAGCGGUGAAGGCGCCAAGAUCGAGGAGGAGCCGGCGGCGGCGUCCGAGGAGAAGCCGGAGGAGCAAGUGCCCGAGCCAGAGCAGGCAGCUACUGAGGAGGAGGAGAAGAUCAUCCCCACGCCCACCGAAGAGGGCAAGACACCGCACAGCGAGCUGUAAGCAGCCUUUGGGGGAUAUUUCUUUUUUGUAAUGCGAGUCCAGGGAAGACGAGUGCCUGGCUAAGAUUCAACAGAAGUAAUUCAAAUCACAAGGGGGGGUCGUCGGCCGACAACACACACACAUACCAUGAGGGAGGGGCGGGGGCUUAGCCAGGACACUCCAGUCGCCACAUAAAUUCUAUGAUUUUUUUUGUAUGUAUUCAAGUUAGCUAAAAAAAAAAAAAAAACAAAAACGUGGGGUUAAAUUAUGCUACAUUUAAUUUCUAAUUAAAAAACAAAAGAAAAAAACUAAAAAAAAAACAUGAAAAGGAAAAACUGAAAAACAUGUAUAAACCAUUUUCCAUACCAUUCCGCUGUGCUUUAGGUGGUCGCUCUUAGAAAAUACAAGACUUAUGUACACACGA